ACUUUUAUUUACGUCAAAUUAAGUUGGAAUUGAAGACGAAAGCUGUCAAAAUUGAAAUGCAAACAUUAUCCUGUAUUGUUCGAGCAAGUACUUUUAGGGAAUAAACGAAUCAUUGAUUAUCAAAUGUAAUAUUUAAUUCUUUGAAACGAUAUAUCUUUACUGCGAUAUUAAAAGUUUCACGUGAAAACCAUGUAUACGUAGCACAGUUAUUGCCAUUGAUGUUGAUAUAGUAGAUUGAACUGACAUGAUACUAUCUUUGAAUGAACAUAUUUGAAUUGGUUCAUUGUGUGACUUUUUUGUAUUAUACAUAAUUUUAUUUCUUGAAUUGACUUCUUUUAAAGCAAAUAAAUAAAUGAAUAAAUAUAGUUGAAGAUGAAAAUUAUUGUAACUAGAAUUGGAAUAUAACAUGUUAUAAGAUGAUCGUACAAUUUUUAUUUGUUAAAAGAUAUUUCAAUUUUUUAAUAAUAUAUUUACAUAUUUAAAAUAUGAAUUGAAAUGAAACAUUAGAAUAAAACAUAUAAUUGUCUAAUUACAGCAUAAUUUCUACGAUAUUUUAUUCGUAUUUUAUAAUCACCAUAUAUAUAAAAUCUAGUUACUUUUACGUUAAGAAUAAAUAUAACCAUACAUACCACAAUAUUAGUUUACAUGUGAAGUAGGAUACUGUUGCUUACAUCCUUUAAUUUGCAAGGAAUUACGAUAUUUCUAUUUUCAAUGAUUUGAUUCAAGGGGAGAACACUUUUAAUUUGUAGAAAAUGGUACGGUAUUAUCAAACAUAAAACAAAUAACAAUUAAUAACCUAAAAUUAGUUUUAUAGGUGAGAAGUUCCUACAAAUCAAUUUUAUUUAAUUUAGCUUCAAAGAAAAUUUUUAUAAUUGCAUUUAAGUACUUAAAAUUUUUAAUCCUUUUUUAUUUUAUACUUGGUAAUAUAUAAGAAUUGUAAUAUAUUGAAUCAAAUUUGUCAAAAUAUAAUUCAAAAAUAAUUGCAUACUUUUAUAAUUUUUAAUGAUAUACUUAUAUGUAAUUCCAUACGUACAUAUUAACAUACUUAAUUAUUUUUAAAUUUAAUUCAUUAUAUAUUAUAAUACAUUGCAGGCUUCAAAUGAUGGUAUACCUCCACCUACUGCGGUGCCAGGGUUUCCACCGGCAACUCCAAACAUUGCUUCUAGUUUUGUACCACCUAUUAUGCCUACUGCACCAUUUAUUCCUCCUCCUAGUUUACCACCUGGUCCGCCUGGUAUAAUGCCUCCACAGUUUUCUAUACCUCCACCUGGUUUUAGUUUCCCAAUUAGUGCUGCUCCUCCACCUGAUGCUGGAGUCAUAGCUGCACCUCCUCAAAUAACAGCGUCAGGUAUUCCUCCUCCAGCACCUAUAGCAAGUGAAGCCACAUCAGGUGUUCAAUCCAUUGCAACAACAGAAAAAAAGACUGAUUGGACUGAACAUAAGGCUCCUGAUGGAAGAACAUAUUAUUAUAAUAGUGUUACGAAACAAUCUUUGUGGGAAAAGCCAGACGAGCUAAAAACACCUAGCGAAUUGCUUUUAUCGCAGUGUCCUUGGAAAGAAUAUAAGUCAGAAAAUGGAAAAGUAUAUUACCAUAAUGUAACAACUAAGGAAUCUAGAUGGACUAUUCCUACAGAACUAGAAGAAUUAAAAGCAAGAAUUACAGCUGAAGAAGCUGCAGCUGCAGCUGCAGCAGUUGUUGCAAGUGCUACAAAUACUAUAGUUCCUGCAGGUAUUCAACAUUUAUCUCCAAACGUUGCAAUUACUAAUACAUCUCAAACUAGUACACCAGAACCAGGUGGGAAGUCUGCAAUUGAACAAGCUAUGGCUGCAACUCUUGCAGCGAUAAAUAUUCCUACACCACCUGCAAAACCAGAUGAAGACAGCAAUUCUGCAAAAGGAUCAGCAAAUGAUAGUCGUACCAGUACUCCUGAACCAAAAAUGCAAUUUAAAGAUAAGAAAGAGGCAAUUGAAGCAUUUAAAGAAUUGUUAAGGGAAAGAGAUGUACCAUCGAAUGCUACAUGGGAACAGGCAGUAAAAUUAAUUCAAAAUGAUCCUAGAUAUCCACAAAUGAAGAAACUAAAUGAACGUAAACAAGCAUUCAAUGCAUAUAAGACACAGAAACUUAAAGAAGAACGCGAACAAGAAAGAUUAAGAUUGAAGAAAGCCAAAGAAGAUCUGGAACAAUUUUUAUUAGAAAAUGAUAGAAUGACAAGUACAACAAAGUAUUAUAAAUGUGAAGAAAUGUAUGGUAAUUUAGAAGUGUGGAGAGCUGUUGGUGAUUCAGAUCGCCGUGACAUUUAUGAGGAUGUUGUUUUUAAUUUGGCCAAACGUGAGAAAGAAGAAGCAAAACAAUUAAAAAAGAGAAACACUAAACGAUUAGCUCAAGUUCUAGAUACUAUGACCGACGUUACAUACAGAACUACUUGGCAGGAAGCACAAGCAUUGCUCUUACAACAUGCAGCGUUUGCAGAAGAUGCAGAUUUGUUAGAAAUGGAUAAAGAAGAUGCAUUACUUGUUUUUGAAAAUCAUAUACGUCAACUAGAAAAGGACGAAGAAGAAGAGAAAGAGCACGAGAAAAAACGUAGAAAAAGACAAGAACGAAAAAAUAGAGAUGCAUUUAUAAGUUUAUUGGACGAACUUCAUGAACAAGGAAAAUUAACAUCAAUGUCAUUGUGGGUAGAACUUUACCCAAUGCUAUCUGCUGAUUUAAGAUUUUCAGCUAUGCUUGGACAAUCUGGAUCAACUCCAUUAGACCUUUUUAAAUUUUAUGUUGAAGAUUUGAAAUCUAGAUUUCACGAUGAAAAGAAAAUUAUAAGAGAAAUUUUAAAAGAUAAGAAUUUUGAAGUGCAAGUUAAUACUACUUUUGAAGAGUUUGCUACCGUUGUAUGUGAGGAUCGAAAAUCUGCAACAUUAGAUGCAGGUAAUGUAAAACUGACGUACAAUUUACUACUUGAAAAAGCUGAAGCUCGGGAGAAGGAACGUGUGAAAGAAGAAACUAGAAAGUUCAAGAAAUUAGAAACUGGCUUUAAAAAUUUACUGAAAACUCUUAACGUUGAUUAUCAAAUGACGUGGGAAGAUGUGAGAAGCAAGAUUGAAGAAGAACCAGACUUCAAAGCAAUAACAUUAGAAAGCGAGAGAGUUAGAAUUUUUAAGGAAUAUCAACAUGAACUUGAAGAAAGUUGUAGUCAUCAUCAUAUUAGAAGUAAAAAAAAGAAAACAAAAAAGGUGAAACGGAAGUCACGUUCACGAUCACAUAGUGAAUCUGAAGGUAGUGAUAAAGGUUUAAAGAAAAAAAGACAUAAAUCAAGAUCACCAAGUGUUCCCAGCAAAUCAGACAGUUCCGAGUCUGAUACUAGAAAAUCAAAAAAAAAGAAGAGCAAAAAAAAGAGAGGCCGUAGUCAUUCUCGAUCGCAUUCGAGACUUCCAUCUUCCGAAGAAUCACCGGAAAGAAAACGGAAAGAAGAGAAACAUAGAAGAGCUUCUGCUCAUAGUGAAGGCUCUAUUACUGAAAAUGCUGAACAUCAUGAACUUUCAGAGGAUGAAUUGGAAAAGCAAAGAGCACAAUUACUUCGCGAAUUACAAAUGCAGCAAGAAGAUAAUUGAAUAGAAUCUAAUAUUUUAUGUAAUAGAUAAUGGCAAUAUUAAAUUAAAUGUAAUUUGUAUAAAUCGAAUUAUUCUUUUAUUUCAUUAAUGUAUUGAUUGCAAAACAUUUUCUUAUAACUUACACAAGAUGGACAGGAAAAACGGAUUAGUUGAAACAGGCCUGUGGUAUGUAAUAAAUCAUAAAUUUAUGAAACUACAUCCUUUUAUAUCACGUGAAAUUAACAUUCUGAUUACAUAUUUUUCUAAGGAUAAUUUUUACGAUACAUUGUUUCAAGAUCUU